UUGUUAACUGUUUGCCAUUCUGAACAAUAGGUGACAAUGCUUUAUUGUUGAAAGAGUUAUUUGUGACGCAGAGUUGUCUGCAAAUACAUGCUGCCUGAUAAAAACCAAGUUUGCUUAGUGUUUGAAAGGAACUUUUUAAAUCACCGCUGGUGGAUAUCUUUUGAGUGGUUCUUCCAUGUUAGCGUAAAGCAUCAUGGCGCAGUUUAAUUGUUUCCAGCUAAUUGUUUUAGUCGGUAUCUUCUCGCAGCGUCUCGCCGUGGCAAACGACGAGGCAGCACCCCCGAUACCAGCCAGUGCAGACCCGUGCGUACUGGGAACUAUUCUGGUUGUUCAUUACCCGGGCUUCGGUGAUGACUGCGGGGAGACCGUCAACUUGGACUUGGUGUACGAAGGAGAACCAACCCUGGUGUCGUUUGCCGCUGCAGACACGAGCAAGAUGUACACGCUGAUGAUGGUAGAUCCAGACGCACCCGAUGCCAUCGAUCCCCAAUUUGCAUACUACCUCCACUGGCUCGUCGUCAACAUAGCGGGUACAGAUCUGGCCAAUGGGAUCUUUGCGAAUGGAGAUGCACUCACACCUUACGAACAUCCAUUACCACCAGAGGGUAGUGGGUUCCAUCGCUACCAGUUCUUCGUGUUCGCACAGGCAAGUCACCUAACCAUCGACGCCCCUAACGGCAGGGGAUUUUUUGACGUCGGCGCGUUCAUGACAAGCAACAAUCUCGCUGAUCCCGUCGCGGGGUACCAGUAUCUGACUGAGGAACCAAGAAUUUGGCCGGGACUACCAACUGUUAAACCCGCCACAACCGAAGCUCCGGCUACAACUGCCUCGACCCCUGCACCUAUUCCGAAAGACGAGGCCACAGCUACUGCUCCUGUUGUUCCGGAUGACGAGGCCACAGCUACUGCUCCUGUUGUUCCGGAUGACGAGGCCACAGCUACUACUCCUGUUGUUCCGGAUGACGAGGCCACAGCUACUACUCCUGUUGUUCCGGAUGACGAGGCCACAGCUACUACUCCAGCCGCCGGGGCAGCCAUUUUAAAAGGAAACAAGGCUGUGCUGGUUUUAAUGGCAAUAGUUGCGGUGUUUCAAAUUGCACGAUAAAACUUAGGAAACAGAACGAAAUACAGCAACCAUAUUUUUGUUCACUUCUUUUCUAUCAAAUUAAGAAAUAAUUCCAGUCUAGUUGCUUUUUAGGAUAAUUCAAGGUGGAUUAUACUAAAACAAGAUUUCCUAAACUUCUUUAACAACGAGCAGAACAAUUAACAUAAUAUUGUUAAAUAGAUACACAUCUGGCGUUAUUGUUGUCUUAAAGGCAGUGGACACUAUUGGUAAUUACUCAAAAUAAUUAUUAGCAUAUAAUAAACAGAAAAGGCCCCA